AUGGGGCCUGACGAGAAAGCUGUGCCCAUAUUUAAUGCAACAUUUGUUCGCCCUGCAAAAUUCUAUCUCAGUGGGUUUUCCAACAUCCCUAAUAUUAAUUAUUACUAUGUGUUCCUGUGUUUUGUCUAUAUCGUGACUGUUCUUGGAAAUUGCUUCCUUCUCUUAGUUAUUUACCUGGUCAAGGCUCUUCAUACUCCUAAAUACAUCAUUGUAUUUAACCUGGCUUUUUCAGAUUUGUGUGGGAGCACUGCUCUUAUCCCCAAACUCUUGGACACAUUUUUGUUUGACAAGAGAUUUAUUGUAUAUGAGGCUUGCUUAAGUUACAUGUUCUUUGUUUUUUUCUUUUUAAGUAUGCAGUCAUGGACACUCGUCACAAUGUCAUAUGACAGAUUUAUUGCAAUUUGCUUCCCUUUAAGGUACCAUAGUAUUGUGACAAAACCAGCUAUUGUUGCAAUGCUGCUGUUUGUGUGGGUUUUUUUAUUGGGUCUAAUAACAUAUAUUGCGAAGAUUAUUGAUCGCCUCUCCUUCUGUGGAUCUUUGGUGAUAAACAGCUUUUUCUGUGAUCAUUCCCCAGUAUAUCGUCUGGCCUGUAAUGACACGUCUUUAAAUAACAUAAUGGCAUAUGUUGCUUUUAUUGUAAUACUCUGCAUUCCUGUUGUAUUGAUAGUCAUGACAUAUGUUUGCAUUUCCGUAGCCUUGAGCAGGAUUGCAUCAGGAAAGGGACGAUUGAAAGCACUGAAAACUUGUACUUCUCAUCUGAUCCUUGUGGCUAUUUUUUUCCUACCGAUUUUGGGCACCAACAUAGCGGCAGUGUCCUCUUCCAUCCAUCCUAAUGCCAGGAUAGUAAAUUCUUCUUUGACUCAAAUCAUGCCAGCUUUGCUCAAUCCUAUUGUGUACUCUUUAAAGACAGAAGAAGUGCUGAACUCAAUUAGGAAGCUUUGCAAAGGAAGUAGGAUUUGUAACACAACCACAAAAAGGGGACUCUGUAUCACUGCUGCACUGACACAUUAA